UCUCUCAUUGUGCUUUCUCAAGUUAAGGUAGCAAAAAUACAAAUACUUACAGUAAUUCGUUUUAUUCUCUUUCGGUUUCAAGAGGUUGUAAGGCUGCGUUCGUGGUUUAUUCUAAUGGCUCAGUUAGCUUUGAAUAAAGGUAAGACCGCAAUGGUGCGCACUGAGGUUGUGAAGAUUUCUGGGUCUAUGCUGUCACAAAGGAUCCAACAAUUCUCCCUUACCUUGAUUGGUAGGUUGAUGAACCCGAGCAUCCAGAGGAUGGAUUCUCUGGUGGCAAACAUGCCAAAAAUUUGGAAGAUGGAAGAAAAGGUGGUGGGGGCAGAUUUAGGGAAAGGAAUUUUCCAGUUUAAUUUUCAGUCUGAAGAGGAUAUGCAAGGCGUUUUGCAGAACGUCCCUUAUCAUUUUGAUGGCUGGAUGGUUUCUUUGGUUAAGGGGGAGCCUAUAAUUUCCGCUACUUAUCCGUCAGCAAUUAAUUUUUGGGUUAAAGUCUCUGAUUUACCAAUGCACUUGUGGGAAGAAGCAACACUAAAGGCUAUAGGAAAAAAAGUAGGUAUAAUUCGUGAGCUUGAUGUGGAUUCAGGUAGUAUCUAUGUCACAGUAAAUGGUUUUAAUCCACUUGUGUUUCAAAUGGUGGUGCCCUUUGACACAGGUGAUGAAGUGGUGGUUUCUUUAGAUUACGAGAAGCUGGCUAAAUAUUGUCACCACUGUUCUAGAAUGACUCAUGAUGUAGCAGUCUGUCCAGAGCUGAAUAAGAAGGCGGGAAACAGAUUGUUUGAGGAGUAUGGGGAUAGAAGAGGUGGAUCAAGACAGCAAAUAAUGGUAAAACAGAUGCCUCAAGGUAAUGAAGGAGGCUGGGAAAAGCCACGAAAACCUGCAGCAAAGAGAGCUUUGGAAUUCUCUGGUGAGGAACCUAGUGGUGGUUUCCAUUACCAAUUGGAGAGGGGUGAUAACAGUAGGCAGUCUCACAGGCGUGGCUGGGAAGAAGUGGCUAUGGAGGGCUUGAUGGAUUCUCAUUACUCUGUUCAGGGAACAGAAUUCACAAAGAAGGGUGCAGGGCCAGUGUGGCCUAAGCCACUGUAUCAACCAAAGGCAAUCUCUAAGGUAUCCCAGGCUUCUCACAAGGUUGAAAAUGUUUCUAAGAUUCCAGAUUUAGGAGAGGAGAAGAAGGAUUCGGUGAUGGAAGAUGUACCAGAGGUUCAAGACAAGAGCCUUACAGUAGGGAUUAAUUUCUCGGAGAGUACGGAUGAUCUCCUUGAAGAUGGCGAGUACCAUGCUGAGGAGGACAUAGAGGUUCAAGUAAUGGCAGAGAAGACUACGGAAGAUGAAGGCAAUGAGACCCAUGAGGAGAACAUGAAUGCCUUACAAGGUAAUGUGCAAAUCUCUAAUGUGUUAUCUGAUGAUAUUGGCUUGGUUCGUAAAGGUCUGAAAGGUAUUACUCUUGAUAGUAAAAAGAUUCAGAAUUUUAAGGGAACUAGUAGCCAAGGAAUUCGGGGAAUAAAUGGUAAUAGGGAUUAUUCUAGGAUUGUGGCUUCUCCAGGGAAACGUUUAUUGGCUAAAGCAAUGUCUCUUAAAUCUGCAGAUGAUGGUAUCAAACAAAAAGUUGCUGAUAAGAAUAAGGUUAAGGAGGUGACAAAAGCUGGAAGAGCAAAUCGUAAUUUGAAGAAAGGGAUGGUGGAUCUCCCGAAACCACCAGCUCAUACGUGAAGAUCUUGAGCUGGAACUGUCAGGGAA